UCAGGCCGGCGGAGCGGCAGCUGCUGCCCCUCUGUGAGGAUGUCUUGGCCCGCUCUGUACGCUCAGCUGGUGGGGGCCAAUCGUCACUCCACCUCUCUGGGUAAAAUCUGGCUCUCGGUGCUGUUCAUUUUUCGGGUCAUGGUGCUGAUGGUUGCCGCAGAGACCGUCUGGGGGGACGAGCAGUCGGACUUUGUGUGCAACACCCUACAGCCCGGCUGUGAAAACGUUUGCUACGAUCAGUUCUUCCCCGUGUCCCACAUUCGCCUGUGGUGUCUUCAGCUCGUCUUUGUCGCUGCGCCAACGCUCCUGGUUUCAAUGUAUGUGGCCUACCGUAACCACGGCGACAAGAAGAAGCUCCUACAGAUUUCUAGUAGAACUGGAUUCCUCAGCAGCAAGAGUCCAGAGGAAGAGCUGGAAGCCUUAAAGAGACGCAGACUCCCGAUAACCGGACCUCUGUGGUGGACGUACUUCAUCAGCGUUGUGGCCAAGCUCCUGAUUGAAGUGGGAUUCAUGUACGCCCUGUACGUGGUCUAUGACGGCUUCCAGAUGCCGCGCUUAGUGCAGUGCGACCAGUGGCCUUGUCCCAACCUGGUGGACUGUUUCAUCUCGCGGCCCACAGAAAAAACCAUCUUCACGGUUUUUAUGGCCACCGCCUCCUCCAUCUGCAUGGUCCUCAACGGGGCGGAGCUUGCUUAUCUCGUGACGAAGGCCAUCACGAGGUAGAGGAGCCUGAGCAGGAAGGACGGGAGGCCGACCAGCAGAGAGAAAACGUGGCGUGGGACAAACGAGAGGUCACCUGGUUCUUUGAGGCGCUGCAACUAGAUGAUGGGACCAAAAAAUGUUGUAUUCUAGGACAUAGUUUCUGCAGUGUUCAUUAGAAAUUCACUUUUGAGUUGUGGGCGGGACCAUUGGCACGGAGCAACCCCGCCCCCUUUCCUAUCUUCCAUCAGUUUACACUCUCCUGCUAGCUUACAGCCCCUCGCACCCCUUAGCUUAAAUUAGCGGUGCAGCAAAAAUGGCGAGCAAUAACAGAGCUAUGCAGUCGUCCAGUUUUGAUCCAGCUCAGACGAGGAAAACAAAGACGGACAUGGAUCUAUUUGUCCCCAAACGGAUGGAUUGCAAUAGGGCGGAGCCUAUUUUCUACAUCACAAUUACAAUCUUUUUUCAUCUGCUCCGGAUUUUACAACAAUUUGAAUAAAGAAAUACUCAGAAAUGCAGUUUUUAGUUGAAAUUUCUUAAUAUAUGUCCAUCAUCAAACAAAUGCCUCAAGUAGGUGUCAAAACCACAAUUUUCAUCGGAGUGGGUCUUUAAGCUACUGGUGUUGCUAUGGUAACUCCACAUUAUUGAUGUUAAAAGUGACAAAGCAAUAAAUAAAACUGGGAAUUUAUUCAAGUCUGUGCAACUGGACGGUGCAAAUAUGAAAGCAAGAAGGAGCUUUUUUCUAUAGCUUUGGCGCCAUCUGGUGGCCAUACCUGAAAACAACUGGAGAGUUGACAACAGGUGUUUUCUCUAAAUCUGUCAACAAAAAAGAAUACUGUUUAAGAGUUA